CGAAAGCCCACCAGUUCGCCACCCACCUUCUCGAACAGCACACGAAGUGGGAGGGAAAAAACAAAAGAAAACCCGAGGCGCAGAAGAGAAAAGCGAACUCAUCCAAUCCCCAAAUCCGCGAGGUCCCCUCCGCUUCGAUCCGAUCGGCCGCCACGAUGAUGGAUCCGGAGAUGAUGCGCCUGGCGCAGGAGCAGAUGCGCCGCAUGUCCCCCGACGACCUCGCCAGGAUGCAGCAGCAGCUGAUGUCCAAUCCUGACCUGGUAAAGUUAGCAUCAGGGAGUAUGAAGAACAUGAAAACUGAGGACUUCAAACGGGCUGCUCAGCAGCUUAAUCAAACAAGACCAGAGGAAAUGCUUAAUAUGACAGAGAAACUUGCCAAUGCUAAGCCUGAGGAAUUUGCUGCUAUGAAGGCUCAAGCAGACGCGCAAAUGUCAUACGCGAUAUCUGGUGCAAAGAUGUUAAAGAAGCAGGGAAAUGAACUUCAUAGCUGUGGGCAGUAUUCAGAUGCUGCUGCCAAAUACAAGCUUGCCAAGGAUAACUUAAAGAACGUACCAUCGUCAGCGGCGCAUAAUCUGCAGUUGCAAUGUACCCUUAAUUUAAUGGCUUGUUACUUGAAAACGGGGGAGUUUGAUGAAUGCAUAAGCGAAGGUUCAGAGGUUCUAACUUAUGAUUCAAGCAAUGUCAAAGCAUAUUAUCGGAGGGGUCAAGCAUAUAAAGAACUUGGAAAGUUCGAGGCUGCUGUUGCUGACUUGAGUAAAGCCCAUGAAAUUUCCCCAGAGGAUGAAACUAUUGCUGAGGUUCUCAGAGAUACAGAAGAAAAACUUGCACGGGAAGGGGGAGAAGUGAACCGGCGAAAAGGUGUUGUUAUUGAAGAAGUUGUAGAAGACGAUUCUUUACAGUCAUCAAGCAGUCAAAGAAGUUCAUCUCCUGGGUACACUGUUUCACAACCACCUGAAGGAGCAGGAAACUCUGGGCCAUCAGAGUCUUCAAAAGGUUCAAGAGAUGAUCCUGCUUCUAUUAGAUUAUCCCAGAAUUAUGUGUCCAAGAGUGAUCCUGAAGCUUUAUCGAAGUUAGGGAUGCAAGGAAUGUCACCUGAACUUGUCAAAACUGCCAGUGAAAUGAUUGGCACAAUGAAACCAGAAGAACUUCAGAAAAUGUUUGAAGUAGCUUCUUCAUUGAAUGGCACAAGCUCUGUUGCUCCAAAUCUGGGACCUAAUAUGCCAGAAAUGUCUCCUGAUAUGGUUAAGAUGGCAUCUGACAUGAUUGGUAAGAUGUCUCCUGAUGAACUACAGAAUAUGCUGAAUUUUGCUACUCAGAUGGAUGGGCCUAGUAGUGCCUCCCGGAGAUCAGAGAAUAACUUUCAAUCUUCAUCAAGAGCCACAAUAAGUAGUUCACCCCUGAGAUCAGAGAAUAACUUUGGACCUUCAUCAUCUCAUACUACUGCGAUGAACCAUGACAGAAUAUUAAAUGGCCAAAGGAUGGGUCAGUCAUCAUCCAGUGUUCUGCCUACUACAGCUGAUAUGCAAGAAACCAUGAGAAAUUCUAUGAAAGACCCUGCAAUGCGGCAGAUGUUUGCAUCAAUGAUGACGAACAUGAACCCUGAGAUGAUGGCGAACAUGAGUGAACAGUUUGGAAUGAAGCUGUCGAAGGAGGAUGCUGCAAAAGCUCAACAAGCCAUGUCUUCACUAUCUCCAGAGGAUUUGGAUAGAAUGAUGAGAUGGAUGGAGCGAGCACAGCAAGGGGUAGAAGUCGUGAAGAAGACAAAGAACUGGCUUUUAGGUAGGCGAGGCUUGAUCCUCGCUAUUGUCAUGCUGAUCCUGGCCUUCAUCCUUCAUCAGCUCGGGUUUAUCGGCAGGUGAUGGCCUGGCCUGCAGCUGCAUGCAAACAAUUGUUUGAUAGUGAUACGGAGUAGCACCAGGGGAAGGCAUAAUACGAGAAUUCUUUGAAUCUAUUUUUUUUUGUAUCUUUCUUAGAGUAACUUUGUUUAUAAGUUACAACAUUUCGUCUGAAUUCUACAAGCGACCGCGGAGUAGAAGGAACAGAGCUAAUAUUGUUGUGAUAACCGGCUGAAAUGUAAUAUGAUACCAGUAUGCUGUUUUUCCAUUCGAGGACUUGCAAUCUUUUUGUUUAUGCAUGUGCAA